UUGGUUGGCAUUCGGGACACAUCAAACAUGGCUACUGCUUACAUACUGGGUCUGGUCUUCGUUUUUGGCUUCGUACAGGGUGCGGAGAUCCAGCAUGCCGAGCCGGCCAUCAUCGAGGAGAUGAGAGAUGCUCUGCCAUUAUCAUCAAGAAUAGUGGCUGGUCAGCCAGCAGCUGAGGGUCAGUUUCCCUAUCAGGGCAGCUUGAGGAUGGUGGAUCAAGAGGGAGCCGUCUACUCCUGUGGAUGCUCCCUCAUGCACCACAAAUGGGUGCUCACUGCUGCUCACUGCCUGGCCAACCGCAUCACAUUCGUCGUCCGGUUCGGUGUGACCAACGUGACCCGUCCAGAAGUGAUCGUAGAGUCCACCCACAAGUACAUUCACCCUGAGUAUGAUGAGAUCAGGGCUGGAGUCCAAACCGCUGACCUGGCCCUCGUUGGACUUGACCACCACAUCCCCUAUUCCGCUAACAUCCAGCCCUCGCGCCUGAUGAGCAGUGCUCAAAAAGCUAUCGACUACUCUGGAGUCCGUAUGAUUGUCAGCGGGUUUGGCCGUACCGACGACUUAUGGAACGGUGGUACUUCUUCCGAGGUCCUGUUGUGGGUCCACCAGCGAGGUAUCUCCAACGAGGAGUGCAGGUCCUGGUACCCCAAUUCUUCUGUCAUUAAGGAGGAGACCAUCUGCGUCGCCUACUACGACAACGUGUCACAGUCUUCUUGCCAGGGUGACAGCGGUGGCCCGCUGACCAUCGAGGACGCCGACGGCAAGCGCACACAAGUCGGUAUCGUCAGCUUCGGAGCUGGCUGGCCAUUCGGAUGCAACAGCGCAUUCCCAUCAGGUUACGUCCGUCCCGGUUACUACCACGACUGGUUCACAGAGGUCACUGGUAUCGACUUCGACUGGGACAGCGAUGCUCUCGUCAACCCUCCCGUAUCUGAUGAGGCCAGCAACGAAGAAGGUCAAAAAGUCCGUGUUGUUAACUAAAUGCCUGCAAAAUGUGAUAUAUAAAGCUAUUUUA